AUGCGCUUGGUGAAGGGCGCAAAGGACACGACAAAUACUUCUUACAAAUCCGCUGGUUUUCUCUGGGAGAAAGUGAAGGAGGUAGAGAAAGCAACUGCCGAUGCAUCGAAGUUGUUCACGGACGCGCAGGGGAUGGCUGGCAGUGCCGCGGUCGGCGCGAAAGGAACUCCCAGCAGAGAAGUAGAGCUCGUACUGGCCGCAUUCGUAAAACCGUCAGAAGUUUUAACGUCACUUUCACAAACCCGGAGUAGUGCUGAAAACGCACACAAAGCUGCGGCGAUGGAUUUGAACGUUUUUAUUGCAGUUUACAGCGCUGAGGAUGCGCUUGCUCUUCUGGAAAAGAACCCAGCCGAAAGCCCGGUACUUGUAACCAAGGAACUAAAGGAAGCUACUUCAAACGCUGCUCUAUUUGCGGAGGCUGCAGUGGGGCAUGUUGAGGCGGCUUCAACUGCCGCUGACAAGGCGUCUGAACACGCUGAGAAAGCCAUCACGAGCGCGGGGUCAUGGCUGGAGCAGAUCGAAGCUGCGUUGAAGCGUCUUAAAGAACGACCAAAGGGAUCGAAGCAUACACCUGACGCCUCUCAGCCUCCCCCACUCAAACCUGCUGUGCAAACCAAGGAUGCGCUAGACAACCGCGAUUUACUGAGGAGUGUUUCCACUGCUAUGAAGACUUCUGAUAACCAGAAAGCCAACAUGAGUCCUGCAUCUACGCCUACGAAACAUAACCCGGGCUCACCGAAAGCCCGGAGGGAAGUGGGCGAUGUUUCAGACACUCCGAAGGAGUUGGCUGACAACACUGAAAGGAGCGAAACCGGCACCCGCGGAAGUGAGGAUGACACAACACGCGCCUCCACAGUCAGUGCUCAGGGUCUCAGUGCUGCAGACAGCAGUAAGGAAACUGACGCUGCUGGUAAGAAUGCCCCAGAGACAGAUGCACACAACACCCUGCAGGAUAUCCGGAGUAUGGACAGCAGCGUCAGUCCUCCGUGGGUGCGUACACCGUUGCUGCUGGUGGCUGGUGUGCUGGGCCUACUGGCUGUCUGCUGA